AUGACUUCUCUAGGUAUUCGAUGCCUGUCCCCUAGGAUCAGCUCAAUCCCUGCAAAGAACGGGAAUAACUCAAGACAUCCCAAGCCACCGCAAAAAACAAAAUAUCAGCGCGAAAAAGGAAACCGUCUUUUGUUUUCUUCUUUUGUCUGGUUCCCUGAUACAAAUUGUAGCUUUCCUCAGCAAGUUGUGCACUCAGACAACCUCUGGAAUCAUAUUGGAAAGCUGGAAUCACCUAUGGAGAUACUAAUAUCUAAUCGAUUUCCAGUCGAUGAUAUAAUCUUCGCUAAUGAAGUAAUUCUUAUACGAGCACAUAAUGGACUAUGUGCUGUUUACAAGAACUGGUCCAACGAGUUCAUUGCUUACAUUAACAAUUCACAUGGAGAACUUGUUCGAUCAGUUUUCUUCAAUUUUAAGAGGUCAGAUGUCAUAUUUAUCUCCACCUUUAAGAAAGAUAAGUUCAGUGGAAUGCGUGGCUAUGCAAUUUCCACUAGAGAUCUGAUCGAAGGAAAAAUUUACGAGAGAAGGCUUUUGUUCACUACAGAUCCAAUUGUUUACCCAGGAUUUGUAGAACUGGACAAUACAAAUGGCAGAGCAGUACUUUAUUUCGGUCCAGGAAAGAAUUAUCGAAUUUUCUCCUUGUAUGACUAUUCAGAGAUGUUCUCAGUAUCCUCUAAUGACGUUAUGGAUAUCAAGAUGACUCCAAAUUCCUUCAUGUCCAUUAAACUCCUUUCAAUUUUCAAAUUUGAUCUCAUAUUCUAUGACGUUACCACCGGAAUAUGCCAAGGUGACUUAUGUUUACCAUUAAUUCCCCAAGCAGACCUUCAAUUCAUCGAACGCAGUGGAGAAAACAUCCUUUUCAAACAAAAUGGAAAUCCAAUCAACUGCUACAACAUUGCAACAAGAGAAACAAGGAUCAUCCCUGAUACAGAAGAUGCAUCAACAUCAGAGUUUCUCUUCCUCUAUAACAGAAAGCUCUUUUUCGUAUUUAAAUCAGGAGUUUUCCUUGGAUACACCUUCAAUGGAGAUAAAGCCUUAACAGUUUCAUCCGAAAGAAGACUUUCCCUCGCUCCUCUUUGCGUUGAUUCAAAUCAAGAGUAUCUUGUUUGCACAUCCAAAGGAAAUGGAAUCUGCAAAGUUCAUCUUUUUGAUCUUUCGACAGGAAAAGAGGAGUUCAGCAGCACUGUUGAUGAUGGAUUGUUGAAGGGUUUCAGAUUAACUUCAAUCGCCUAUGACAAAGACUCACACUGCAUUGUCUGUGGUGAUGAGGUUGGAGAAGUCCACUUCUGGCUCUGA